CGCCAUUCUUCCCCCACAUCCAACUCACCAGAGUUCCCCCACAACUCCACUGCUCCUGCUCCUCCUCCUCCUCCUCAAGAAAAGCACACAAAAGAACUACUCUUUUUAUAAGGCAAUUAAAGCUUUUGCCCCCGAUUAUGGUGAAGCCCAAGACCCAGCAGAAGCCAGCCGAACAGAGGAGCGCCGACGCCAACACCAAGUAUAAGGGUGUCCGGAAGAGGAAGUGGGGGAAGUAUGUUUCCGAGAUCCGGCUGCCCAAUAGCCGCGAGCGGAUUUGGCUCGGCUCCUACGACACCGCCGAGAAGGCUGCCCGGGCCUUCGAUGCCGCCAUGUUCUGUCUCCGCGGCCAGGCCGCCCAGUUCAAUUUCCCCCAAGACCCGCCCGAGAUUGCCGGCGGGAGGUCCCUCACCCGCUCCGAAAUCCAGGUCGCAGCCGCCCGCUUCGCCCACUCGGCUCCCCAAAUAACCGCCCAUUUGGACCAUUCCUCCUCCUCUUCUUCGUUUUCCACGUCGUCCGAAACCCACCCGGAGUCGCCGUCCCCGUCGGUCUCCUGCGAGUUGCCCCAAUCCGGCAGCGAGACGGCUGGGCUCGACGGGUCUUUCUUGGAUCUUUUCGCGACCCUGGAUGCGGGAAGCAACCCGAACCCACCGGAGUCUUUCGACAUGUUCCCGGGUUUCGACGAUUUCUCCAACGAGUUUUUCGUGCCGCCACUGCCGAGUGUGGAGGAUUACGGCGAAGAGAUAUCUGAUGUCGCUUUCUCCGAAGAUUCUUUCCUGUGGAAUUUCCAGUUUUAAAAGACAAUUGCCCAAAAUUGGGCAAUUCAAAAACGGGUCAGGAUUCCAGACAAUUUUUGAUGCUGGGAUUUCUGACACACUCGUCAACAACUAGUCGUUAAACGACUUCGUACGCGGCUAAGCCCCACGGAUGGACCCCUUUUUUACUCACGGCCAUCCGUCCAUUCUUCCUUCCUUCCUUCUCUCUCUUCUUUCCCCUGCCCCUUUGGUCUUUUUUGACGGCCAUGCGAUUGCUGCUGAUUGCCUUGCCCUUUGGACUUCUUUUGGGGGCUCAGAAAAUGUAGUUUCGUCGAACAUAAUAGGGAUAUCAGAAAUUAUAGUGAGAUAGGGAUAUAUAUAUAUAUAUCACUUUGUAAUUGUUGUGUAUUCUUUACCUCUCAAGUAAUGGAAUAUACUUCUUUCUUUAUCACA